AAUUAUGGAUCUUGUAACGAUGACAGUUAACAAGAGUUGUGGAUCUUGCAACAAUGACAUAAUGCAUAUGCUUUAAAUACCUGGUUUAUCCAGACAUGCCAGAGAUGAUAAGCUGAUAAGGUGAUAGGCCGUCUGAUAUCCGCCAUUUAAAAAAGUGAAAGGACACCUCCUCUUUAACAAGAAACCCAUAUCAUCAUGGACCCUCAUGAUAGUGCCCAUGAUGUGCACCGAUGUGACCUUUGUGAGACCGCCAUAGUACACAGCUACUGUGACUUUUGUCAUGUCAACCUCUGCAAUUCCUGUAUUGCUGAGCACAUCUCCGAUGAUUAUGAAAAACAUAAAAUAGUCUCUUUCCAGCUACGGGAAACAACCUUAAUCUAUCCUAAAUGUGAAUUGCAUCCACACAAGAGUUGCGAAUUACAGUGCAAUGAUUGUAGCAUUUUUGUUUGCACAUCCUGUGUGGGAUCUAAACAGCAUAAAGGACAUGAUUUUUGGGAACUUGAAGAUAUUUACAAAACCAAAAAAGACAAUAUUAAAAAGGACGCGGAGGAGUUACAAAACAUAAUUUCUCCGACAUAUGAAGAAAUGGCUCAGGAUUUGGAAAAUCAAAUUGCCAAUCUGGAUGAAGGAUAUGAGAAAAUUACAGUAGAAAUUUCAAAACAAGGAGAGGAAUGGCAUAGAGAAAUUGACCUUGUUAUCAGCAAGAUGAAAACAAAAAUCAGCGAGAUAAAAGUAAAACACAAAGACAUUUUACACAAACACUUGAAUGAAAUCAAACAGAUACAGUCUCUAAUACUACAGGAUUUAAAAGCUACACAAGAAAUUGAGAAAUCAAAUGAAGUAUCAAUUGUGAUUGAAUACAACUCUGACAACAGAGAGUUUAGCAAGUCUCCAACUGAGGUUAAAGUAUCACUGCCAACAUUCAUUCCAAAACCAAUAGACAGAGAAAAGCUGUGUAGUUUAUUUGGGAAGAUCAAAUUACUAUCUACUGCAAUAGAACAAAACGUUUUGCUGCCAAAAAUGCCACCAAACACAUCUGCUACAAAGCUACUGGAUGAACCGAAGUUGGACGUCAAAAUACAGAUUUUGCAGUCUAUGUUGAGCAAUGUUUCCUAUGUGGAUGAUGAAAAAAUAUGGAUAAGUGGAGAAACAGGAGAAAUAAAAUGCUUUAACAUUAAAGGGUUACUUCUCUAUACAGUCUGGACAAAAUCAGGCGAAUUUCCAACUGACAUAGCUGUAGAUGGUAAUGGGGACCUUUUAUUCUCUGAUUGGAGUACAAAGUCAGUUUAUACAUCGAAGAAUUGGCAGACAGAAGAGUUGAUCAGGUUAGAGGAAUGGACGCCCUGUCAGCUGUGUGUCACCUCUACUGGUGAUAUCCUAGUUACCAUGUAUAGUGAUGAUAUAUCUCAAUCCAAGGUUGUCCGUUACUCGGGGUCUACAGAGAAACAAACAAUUCAAUUUGAUGAGGAAGGUAAACCUCUGUACUCAGGGAAUAGCAUCAACAAAUACAUAAGUGAGAACAGAAACCAUGACAUCUGUGUAGCUGACUAUGGGGCUAGUGCAUUAGUGGUGGUCAAUCAGGACGGGGAACUCAGAUGGAGAUACAAUGGUCAUUCCCCAACUAGCAAGAACAAAAACUUUUACCCUUGUGGCAUCACAACAGACAGUCAAAGUCGAAUCUUGACUGCAGAUGGUGAAAACCACUGUAUCCACAUUCUAGAUCAGGAUGGAGAGUUUCUCCGUUACAUUGAUAACUGUGAUCUUAACGAUCCUUGGGGUUUGUCAGUGGACAACAGUGACAAUCUGUUUGUGUGUGAAUACGAAAGUGGAAAUCUAAAGAAAAUCAAUUAUCUCAAAUAAAAGUUGUGAAAUUGCAUGCAUAGGGUAGAUAUAGCAUAUAAUAAAAAGAUUUAUUAACGCAAUAAGAAUGAAUAUUAGAAACAAUAGAAACAUAUAAAUUUGGAUCACCUGUACCCAUAGUCUCAACCACAGACUGGAGCCCGCAAAGUUCUCUCUUACACUGUACAGUUUGAACACACACCGAAUGGUUAAGCUGAAUGACAUAUUGGCGUCGAGUUUAAAUCUGAUUGAGUUCUAGGCCUAUAGGCCAUGCGCUGUGACUUCAUUAUCUAUGAACAACAUAUUUACAAUAGCCUCUGUUUGCAUUGAUGAACUGCACCAUUAUUUAGCUGUGUGAUCCGACACUUGUUAACAAACUCUAAACACUACGCAAUUUGAAAAAAAAAAAAUUUAAAUGCGUUUACUUGCAAGAAGUCAACGCCUUUGAUUUGAAAAAAAACCCCGCAUUGAUAUAAUGUUCUUGAAGCAGCUUAUUAUGAUAUUGAAUAAAUCUAUAAGUUAACUUAGAUUGAUGACCCUACGUUUUAGUAGGUUGCGCUCAGAUCUAAGCUUUAAAAGUGUUUGCUUAUUCUAGUUGUAUCUAUAAAAUUAUACUGCUUAGAAAAUUGAUAUAUCAAAAAUAGAUAAAUAAUGCAGGCUAAAAAGUAAAAAAGCACAAAUGUUCUAUCUUCAUACGCUCGGUAGGGCUCGUCAGUUGACAUAAAGUUGCUUUUGUGUUUGGUAGUGGGGUAUUAUAAUUUUUGGUAAACAUCGUGUUUUCAUGCAUAUGCUGAAAAUAAUACUGAAAUACAUAUAACGUAUUCUAUUUAAUUUGACGAAAAACAGCCAACAAAUAGCGUUGCCCAACAGAACAUUUGUUUUAAUUCGUUAGCUUUUUAUAAGACUUCGUUUGCAAAUAUUCUGUAAACAAUGUGAAACGAAGGUUGUGUAGUUGUUUUGUUUGACUAUUCACUCGUGUGACACAAAUAGUAUAUGUCCGAUCCUAAUUAAAAAAAGAAAUAAACGCUAUGCAGUAAAAUUAAUUUUUAAUUCUUGUAUUCUGUAAACAUUGUUCCUGUGACGAUAUAUUAAGAAUAAAAGUUUAUCACCUCAAAUUGAAAUUGCUUUUUGUCGUUC